AUGGAACAACAACAACAACAACAACACAAACAAAAACAACAACGCCACAUCAGACAGUCUCUGGAACAACAACAAAAAAACAACAACACCAACUACAACACCAACAACAACAACUACAACAACACCACAUCAGACAGUCUCUGGAACAACACCAACAACAACAACAACUAUAACAACAACACCACCACAUCAGACAGUCUCUGGAACAACACCAACAACAAAAACAACAACAACAACACCAACAACAAAAACAACAACACCACAUCAGACAGUCUCUGGAACAACAACAACAACACCAACUACAACACCAACAACAACAACACCACCACAUCAGACAGUCUCUGGAACAACACCAACAACAACAACAACUAUAACAACAACACCACCACAUCAGACAGUCUCUGGAACAACACCAACAACAAAAACAACAACAACAACACCAACAACAAAAACAACAACACCACAUCAGACAGUCUCUGGAACAACAACAACAACAAAAACAACAACAACACCAACUACAACACCAACAACAACAACAACACCACCACAUCAGACAGUCUCUGGAACAACAACAAAAACAACAACAACACCAGCUACAACACCAACAACAACUACAACAACAACACCACCACAUCAGACAGUCUCUGGAACAACAACAACAACAACAACAACAACAACUCCAACAACAACAACUAUAACAACAACACCACCACAUCAGACAGUCUCUGGAACAACAACAACAACAACAACAACAACAACACCACAUCAGACAGUCUCUGGAACAACACCAACAACAACAACACCAACUCCAACAACAACAACUAUAACAACAACACCACCACAUCAGACAGUCUCUGGAACAACACCAACAACAAAAACAACAACAACAGCAACAGCAACAAAAACAACACCACCAACAACAACAACAUCAACAACACCACAUCAGACAGUCUCUGGAACAAUAACAACACAAACUGAUUUACAUGCAAUAAAACCGUAACGAAUGACAGCAAACAAGCCCCUCCCCCGACGUGAGUCACACAUAAAUCAGAGCGACAUGACGGAGCCUCUCGCAGCAGCGUCAGAUCUGCACAGCGAGGUGUCGAAAACAUUUCCUGUUUUUAAUAAAGCACGAGACGACUCAGUCGUAAUGAAGCAGAUGUUUAUAAACUCACAUCUGUUGCUGCUUCUCAAACGAUGACCUCAUCAUUUACAAGAAAUAUUGUGGAGACUGCGAGAAGUUUUUUAGAGAAUUAGUCGUUUAACCUCAACAAUCAGACGUCAAAGCAAAACACUCCAUCAGCGCUCUUCAUUUUAUAUUUCACUCAUCAGCAGCAGACCUUUUACCAGACGCUUCCGUCCUGACCUUCUGACCUCCUCUGGUACGAGCAGGUCCACCAUCUUUGAGUUUCUGUUUCUUUAAAGUCAGGGAAGAGUUCCUCUCUAACCAACAUGACAGUGAGCAUAAAUAAGAAUAGACAUUUAUAUCUGUAGAGUUAAUCAUAGAACAAGCAAAUGUUUGAAAACUAAGAGAAGAGAUGUUUGAUAAAUUCAGAAAGUUAAGAAACAGCCUCAGAUGAUUCUAAAGAAGCACUGAGGACGAUAAGUUCCCUUUAAAUCCGUCCAGUGUUUUUAAACCAUCACGACACCAACGUUUCUGCUUUUAUUGAGAAAGCAAAGGUCCCGAGCAUCGAGACCUGUGGAACACCAGGGAGUUUUUCUUCAUUUAAAUACAUUUAAAAACAAAGCAGCUCUUGUAGCUGUAUUUAGUUGUUCCUGUUUCCUGUGCAGCUGAACCGUCAGUGCUUCAAAGUGUCUAAAGUGCGUCUUGGUUUGAAGUGCUAGUGAGAAUCUGUGAGUCGGUUUCAGGGAGCAUCACUUCAGUCUUUACUUUCUAUCUUUGAUCGGCAGACUUUUAUAAAUCUACGAUGAUUAGAACGUGAAGGAUCAAUGAUCUGUUUCCUCACGUCCGCCUUCUUUUAUAAAAAUCUGAUUUCUGUUUGAUUUUUAACCUUUAAAACAAAAAUCACUAAAUGUAUUAAAAACGUUUCUGUAAAAACUGAAGAGAUUAAAAAUAUUUUAUCAACGAAA